AUGUUGGGCAGGCUGCAGCUGCCUUUCAGUCAGACUAACACCUCAACUUCACCCUCGUCUUGUUCCUGGGCUUUGGCCGCCGCGCUUCUGACACACCCUUUCGUUUUCCCUUUGGUGUCAUUCACAUCUACCGCCGACCUCCUCGACUACAUCUCCUGCUGCCCUCCUAAUCUUGGUUCUCUCAGACGAGGCAUCAUGAAGCCGGUUAAGCUGAAGUCGCCUGUCAAGACCUCGGUCGCCCGUCAGGAGGAGCACUCUGACCUCCACGCCAUCGACCCAGCCUGUGCCAUCUGCCAGGUUGAUGUCGGGACCAAAUCUCCCGAUGGCAUCAAGGAGGGCUGGUCAAUCACUCCCUGCGGCCAUGUCUUUGGCAACGUGUGCAUCAAACGCUACCUCGCCAUAACGGACAAGCCACUGUGCCCUGUCUGCCGAACCGACCUUUUCCACAUCUGCUCACACCCGGUACUGCCAGCCCCUUACAAUCGGACCAAGUCAAAACUGUCCCGCGAGGAGGCCGCGCACAUGAGCUUUCCCGGAGACACCCGAAACAGCGACUGUCAAUAUUGCCGGCAGCAGAGGCUCAAGCUGGCGAGACGCCAACGGGUGCAGGAGAUGCUGGAGGGCGGCCCGCGAGAAGCGGCAGAGGGCCGGAGUGACAGCGAUAGCGACAGCGACGACGACAUGGAGGGCACCAGAACACCAAGGACGAAAGGCUUGAGGUGGGCACUGUCGGCACUGCGUAUAGCAAACGCCUUGGCAAGGCUGACACUGGACGUUACGCAUAUUAGGAAGAUCAAGUCGCUGCACCCCGAAGAAGAUGAGGGCGCCGAGAACGACAUGAUCGUGGCCGACUCCCCCCAGCUGGUAGCGACGUCGAACCGAGACCUCCCCCCCGUGCCGGGCGCCUAUGGCUACUGGGAUGUGGCAAAGAAGGGGCCGGACUGGAAGUUCCUGGCAUUUUACGAUUCACAGGAGCCUAAGAUGAAGACCACUCCCGACCAAUUUUCAUGA